GCUGGUAUCAACAUCAAACACCAAAACAUUACUACCCGGGGCUCGCAAACAGCUGAGUGAAAAUACCGCUAGGUCAUUAAAAUCCAACAUUGGUUCAAAGUACGCUGAUAAAACCGGUCACCAUAGAGCAGCAAUACCAUCGGGAAGCGUGUUUAGGUGCAAGAAGAAUCCGUUUGUUCGUUACUUGAUGUACGUUUUAUGGAAUAAGCUGUUAACUAAAUAAAAGCAAAGAUAGUUGAAAUUAUUUGACCAUGGCUAGCAGUAGACUGUUCCGUGCAAUAAUCAUGGGAGCCCCUGGUUCCGGCAAAGGCACCGUAUCGGGACGGAUCGUAAAAAACUUCAACAUGAAGCACAUUUCCAGCGGAGAUUUAUUGCGUGCGAACAUCGAAAAACGUACCGAGCUUGGACAGAUUGCGGACAAGUACAUCCGAGAGGGAAAGUUGGUGCCCGAUAUUUACAUAACGAAGUGCAUUUUGGGUGAACUGGAUCAGAUCAAGAACCACUCGUGGUUGCUGGACGGCUUCCCCCGGACACGUGAGCAGGCGGACGAUCUGUGGCAACAGGAGCGAAUCGAUUCGGUAAUCAAUCUCGACGUACCGUUUGAGGUAAUCAUCGAACGGAUCCAAAGCCGGUGGGUGCAUCUUCCGAGCGGGCGGGUGUACAACGUAGGUUUUAACGACCCAAAAGUGCCCGGUCGGGACGACGUUACCGGUGAACCGCUGAGCCAACGGCCGGACGACAAUCCGGUGGCUGUGAGGAAACGGUUGGAAGUGUACGAUUCUUGUACGCGACCCAUUAACGAGUACUUCGAGAAGAAAGGAGUACUGGCGACUUUCAAAGGAAGCACGACUGAUGAAAUUUGGCCACAUGUUAAGCAAUACCUGGAGUCAAAGAUGAAGUAAACCCGCCGUAGUUGGUGCAUGUAAUAUUUAGAAUCACUUGGUGCUGUACGAUUCCAUUUAAACAGUGCAGAAGGUAGGAGGGAAAAGAUAAGAUAAAAAAAUGUACGAGGUUAUGCCUCUUAUCUAAAUGGUGAAGAAAUUCCAAACGCGACAAUAAGCAAAUACAUAUCAUGUUAAAUCCUACAUUAAAUGA